ACAGCUGGUGAUGAUUGAUAAGACUGCCGUUCUCUCGAAGUUGUGAAGCAGUUCUCUGUUUACCCAUUCCUAUCAUCAACGGAUCAAAAGGUUGACUGAUCAAAACACACUGUUUAUGCAUUGCUAUUCUGUGAGGUCUCGGCAGCCGAGGUCUCCACAAUACAUACUCUCAAUUUAAGCUAGAUGAAAUGCUGAAAGACAUAGAUUUUUAGAAGCAGCUGACUAACGUUAUCAUCACGGAAAAUGGUUCGCAUUGCAGCCGAAAGUCGCGGGGUGGUGUUCAUGUGUUUGAUCCUUGUGUGCUGCGCUGUUAAAGAUGUUGUGACCGGUUACGAUCGAGAGCGUGUUGCCUGCCCGUUCAAAAGUUUGGUUUUUGGACCUGGUCUGGAAACAAAUUUUGUUGUUCCUGCGAGGUUUUUCUACAUUCAGGCUGUUGAUUUUGAAAAUAAUAAUUUCACGUAUUCACCGGGCAGUAAUGCAUUUGAAGUUUCUAUAAAGCCAAUAGACGGAAACAGAGGGCGUAUCUACCUACAGAUGCUCGAUCGUCAUGAUGGCACCUUCAUCGUACGUUAUCGUCUUUACCAGUCUUAUGAUGGGCUGAAGAUCACAGUCAAGAGUGCUGGUAGACAUGUAGCUGAUUCACCAUACAAAUUAAAUGGACUGGUCAAAUGCGAGAACUGCUAUUGUCCGGUGGAAGACAGGAACCAGUGGAGAAGUAAUAUGUUCUGUCGACCCGAUGUUCACUCUCAAACGCAGAUUGAUUUCUCCAUUUUCCCAUCCAUCGACCUCUCUACCCUUCAUAAAAAUGUGGAGUCGAGGUUUGCAAGGCAUCACAGCUUGUGUCACUAUGCAAUCAUUGAUAAUAAGGUGUACAGGAAAACGUUAGGAAGUAUUGUCGGAUUUAAAAUGUUUUCAGAUGCUUUCCUGCUCUCGCUCACAAGAAAGGUCAAAGUUCCAGAUGUGGAGUUCUUUAUCAACCUGGGAGAUUGGCCGUUAGAGAAGAAGGAUCCUGAAGAUGGACCUCUCCCUAUCCUUUCGUGGUGUGGAUCAACGGACACAAGAGACAUCGUCCUACCAACUUAUGACAUCACAGAAUCAACACUGGAAUCUAUGGGAAGAGUAUCUCUGGACAUGCUCUCUGUCCAAGCCAACACUGGACCAAAAUGGGAGAACAAGACAGAAAAAGCUUUCUGGAGGGGGCGGGACAGUCGUCGUGAGAGGCUUAACCUCGUCAAACUGUCCCGUAGACGUCCUGAGCUUCUUGACGCUGCUCUAACCAAUUUCUUUUUCUUCCGGAAUGAGGAGGCAGAGUUUGGACCCAAGGUCAAACAUGUGUCCUUCUAUGACUUCUUCAAUUUCAAGUACCAGAUCAAUGUUGAUGGCACAGUAGCGGCAUACAGGCUCCCCUAUCUGCUUGCAGGAGAUAGUACCGUCUUCAAGCACGACUCCAUCUACUAUGAGCACUUCUAUGCAGAGCUUGAACCCUGGGUCCACUACAUUCCUUUUAAGCAGGACCUCAGUGACUUAGAGGAGAGGAUUGAAUGGGCAAUGCAGAAUGAUGAGUCUGCAAGGACAAUAGCUGAGAAUGGGAAGAACUAUGUGCGAGAGAACCUUACAUCCAACAAUGUCUACUGUUAUUAUUUAAAAGUUUUAGAGGAAUAUGCAUCAAGGCAAGUUGGUGAACCUAGAAUCCAUGAAGGCAUGGAGCUUGUGGAGCAUCCAUCAGAAAAUAGUGGUUGUGACUGCCCUAAUCAAUCAACGAGACACACCGAAUUAUAAUAGGAUCUUUAGCUGAGAUUAAUCUUCGUAGUAGUGCCAUUGGUCCAUUGUUCCUGGAGCCACAGAGGAUAUGCCAUUCACUGGGAGUAUUUCAUAAUAUGAUUUGUCUGUGAUUUUUCACUGACUAGUUUGCUCUCAGCAAAUCAGAUGCAAGAAUUUCAGUAGCUUAUAACAGUUGUCAGUGAAAAUCACAAGACUAUCUGUUUGAUAAAAUAUCCCCUUUGUCAACGCCACAAAGAUAGAAGAGACAUCCAUUUGGGCGGUGCUUGACAGUGGGGCCUGCUUUAGCCACCCUCUGUGUAGAAGGACCACCUGUCUAGAAUGGCUUCCUAGUUUGAUUUCCAUUGAAAAUUAUACCUCAUUCAAACAUUUUUUUGCAGGAACAUGUUCAUGAAGCCAGUUUUUGUUUCUCUUGGGUUGUUUCUAUAUACAGGUUUUGUGCUUACACAGUGCAUCCCACAAAAAACAACGUCCUAGAAUUAUUGAUGAUUUAUCAUAACUACAAGUAUAAAAGAAAAAUUACCCAUCAUUGUAAAGCUUAGAAUCUUUUAUGUGCUGUAAAUAAGACGAUUCUUCAUGCAUGAGUGAGAAAGAUUAGUGAAAAAAAGAAGUUUUGGUAUUAAUGAUUAAAAUAUGAUAUAUCAUCGAUAAUUCUCGUUGUUGUCAUUUUUUUCUGGGACGCUCUAUAUACAGAAGCAAUAUCCAAGUUUCUGAGCACUUAAUAUGUUUAGCUUUCAUUAACAAGACGUUGGCUAGUAAUAGUUUGGUAGCUGUUACAGACAAGGUAAAUUGUAUAUUUCAUCUCAAGUGGUGGCAGUUUGUUAUCUUUGCCAAAAAUUAUUUAGAUACUCAUAAAUGUCCCCAAAACUCAUUAAUGUAUUUUACAUAGGGGUCAUAUUUUCUUUUGCAAAAUUGGUUCCUUUUGCAAGAUCGUGUAUAGAUUUGUUAUAACCUGGAUAUUGGAAAAUAGUUUAUAGUUGUAUUUCAAUGGGUGAAGCCAUAAAUAUCGUAAUAAAAAAAUUUUAUUGCUUAGAAAAUAGGGGACUUACAGCUGUUAGUCCACAUCGAGGAAACUAAGUAGUAUUAUAAAGGAUGGAAUUUUCAAUUCACCCCAAUCGUGACGAUUUGAGGGAUUUUUUUUGUCUCUGCAGGAAGGAAAAGACUAGUUCUUUCAUUUACUGUACAAUUCCAAAUUUCUGGAGGCUUGUCCUUGUAACCCCCCCCCCCCCACAUGUUGUUUGCAUUAGUUUAUCUUUGUUCCUUGAUUUGCAAAAGUGUCUAAGAUAAAAAAAAGUCAGAUUAUUUUGCCAACAUAAGAGAUUCACCGGAACAACACUAUCCAAAUUCACCAAGAUACAUGUAGGUUAAGUUUAAUCCUGGUUUAUAUUUAGCUGUAAUAAACGGGUGCCUUUUGAGUUGGUAUGUGGAGAAAAUCCGUAACGAUUGAAUGAAUGGUUUUUAUACAGAGCACUAAGUUCACACUGUUUGUUAGGUCAUUAGUCCAGUUCAUUGAAAUGAAUCUUUAAAUAGACUAACCGCAAAUUGAAUUGUGUUUCAUUAAUAGUGCCACUUCCCCCGAAACUAACAUUCAUUCAAUAUUGUAUUUUUUUUUCAUUUUAAAUACUUUAUAAAGUAUGUUCACUUUCCUCCACAAUUUGCAAAGUGUGUUUAGUCCCCCCCCCCCCAUUGUAAUUUUUUGUUCUUGUAGGUCAAGACUAUAUUUUAUAUACAUUUAGUUGUUUAUAUAAAGCUGAAUUGUAAAUGGAGGCUGAGUUUUAUCUUGUGUUCUUCCUCAAAUAAUUUAUUUUUUGUAGCACUGAUUAUUUAUAAUAAAUCUUUGAUGCAUUAUUAGCUGCUUAAAUAGUAAUUUCAAAGGAUAUUUUUUUAAGUUAGCAAUUUACAUCAUAACCAGAAGAUACUGUUGUUUUUUCUACUUCGUUAUGUCUUAUGCUGUAUAAGUUUUUGCUCCUAUGAUGUUUAAAUGGCAGCAAACUCAGUGUUUAAAAUCCCUUUAUGAUUUUAUAUACGCAAUAGGUUAAUGGAACAACAUUAGUCUGUUUUGCCUAGAUUGCAAUUUGGAAGAGGUGCAAUUUAUGUGUGAAAAACAAGUUUGAAUUAUUCUUUUGUGGAUUGUGUUGAAUUUCUCACAGAUUUAUUCCUCUGUUUCUCUUAAUGCCUCAAAAAUGACUACUGCACACAUUACAUCUGGUCCGUGAUUUGAUUUGGAUAUAUUUUGAUCGUUCAUAUUUUGAAUAAUUUCCUCAUGAAUAAACAUCCAAAAUGUAUUUUUUUUUCGAAGUUCAGUAAAACUAUUAGAAUGCUAUUAUCAGAAUAUUAAUUACUUAACUUGCGUUAUGUUGAGAGUAAUGUCUGUAUCAGCAUAAAAUUGUACUCCUAAUGGGAUUGCUAUGACAUCAUGAUGAUAAUGAAUAGAAUAUCUCUCAUAUUUAUAGGGAGGAACAAAAUAACUAAAUAUGUGUUAUCAGUUGCUCACUGUGUAUUCAAAAUU